AUGGCUAUAUGCAGAAUUAUUGCCCAGAUUGACUAUAUCUAUGCUUUCUUUGCAGCUCUUUCCAAACACUUUUUUCUCCGAGCCCCGCCAUUCUACUCAGCAUGCUGCGGUGGGUCCUGUCAGCACCCUGCAUCCCCCACUGCUUUUCCAAGAGAGGAAAGUGUCCUGCCUCUUCUGACCCAGGAAUCUAACUCCAAAGCCCGGAGAGGUAUAUUAAGAAGAGCUGUCUUUUCUGAAGACCAGAGGAAGGCUUUGGAGAAAAUGUUUCAGAAGCAGAAGUAUAUCAGUAAAACAGACAGGAAGAAACUGGCCAUUAACCUGGGCCUAAAGGAGUCUCAGGUGAAAAUUUGGUUUCAGAAUCGAAGGAUGAAGUGGCGAAACUCCAAAGAGAAAGAAGUGCUUUCCAACAGGUGCCUCCAAGAAGGUCUUCAGGAAAACUACCUCUCACAGUCCGCCAUGAAUUUUGCCUCCCCAUAUCCCUCUGUGUGGGAAGUGUCUCAGGAGCAGACAAGUCCAAGGUGGAUGGAGAAGUCUCCAGGAAAUGCUGAAAGACUGACUAGUACACAACCACCUCCAAGAGCAAACUCAUCACAGAGCCCACUGUAUUUGUAUCCUGACCAUGACGCUGCAAAUAAGGCAGUUACAUCAUCAGACUAAGAAUGUAGGGCCAGUUUGUAAAUUGAGUGGAGAGUACAGGCUUCAAAUGAGGGGUCUUCUAAGACUAACAAUAUUUGGACACUGUAAAGCUAACUAGUUAUGCCUCCUGAAUUUGGUAAAGUCUAACACCAUUAAAAUGACGACUAAUGAUUUAAGAAAUAUUUUUCAAUACUCAGUCUUUUCAUGUCUUUUUUUUCCAGUCUUGUAAUGACCUUAAAUGUGAAAUAGAAAUUGAUGGUAAGUAAAGCAAAGUGAAGAGCAUGAAGCUGAAGUUUUGCUCUGAGUUAAACAUCUGCACUGUGUAUAGAUUUUCAUUAAAACACACUGAUAGAAAACCACUUCUAUCUCUCACUGCAUUUAGACCAAGCCAUUUAUUUUAUGCAUGAGAUGAGAAUAACCCUGUUUCCCUGAAGACAAUAAGUUGCUUUUGGUUCUUUUUGAGAUUGAUUAUAUGACACAGUAGGUGUCAUAUGUAGACAUAUGUAAGCACUUUUAGUAUGUUUCUGCCAUCAGUCCUCACCUGUAUCAGUAUCCAGCUAGUUGUAAAUAAUGCAGUUGCACAUCAGCUGAUGACCAUAGUACAGUAUGCAAUAAAAAGACAAACAGCCAAUAAAAUGGACUGUGUUUAAACCA